AUGAUUGUGUCCCAGAAUGAUCUCCUGGUGGCCCCAAAGGCCGUGCCACCACUUGAUAUUCCUCCUUCGACGAACACAGUCACUGUGCGCAUCAUUGACAGUACCUCUCAAUUGACUGCUCAUAUGUCAAUGAUCGUAGAACCACAUAUUCCAGGACACGACUUGUUGCGGUGCCCUGCCUACUCUUUCUUGGUCGAGCACCCAUCUGGCCGCAAACUGCUUUACGACCUUGGCACCAGGAAGGACUGGCAGAAUUUUUCACCCGUUGUAAAUCAGCUCCUGAAAGACCAUGAUCUCACAGUCGAGGUGAAGAAAGAUGUCGCAGAGAUACUCGAGGAUCAUGGGGUACCAGCCGGUGAGGGUGCCAUUGAGGCCAUCAUCUGGAGUCACUGGCACUAUGACCAUAUUGGCGACCCAAGCACCUUUCCCGCGAGCACAAAAUUGAUUGUUGGCCCUGGAUUCAAGAAAGCAUUCCUUCCGGGAUAUCCUGCUGGACCUGACUCCGUCAUCCUUGAAUCCGACUAUAAAGGGCGGGACUUGGUAGAGCUGGAGUUCUCUUCGUCACAAAAGCGAAUUGGCGGCCUACAAUAUAUCGAUUACUUCGGCGAUGGGAGUUUCUAUGUGCUCGAUGCACCUGGCCAUGCUCUCGGCCAUGUCUCUGCGCUUGCUCGAGUGACUUGCGGCCAUGGAGACGAAGACGAUACGUUCAUCUUCAUGGGCGGGGACGCAUGCCACCACGGCGGUGAGUUCAGACCGACAGAGUACUUACCGCUGCCGCGAGCUAUUGUGCCUUCACCAUUCCCGCGACAUACUCAUGGUGUUUGUCCGGGUGCAUGGCUCCAGGCGCUUCAUCACGAACAACGGGCGGACCGGCCUUUUUAUCGGCUGAAACCCGGGUUUGCCCACGACCAGGAAGCAGUUGAGGAAACCAUUCACAAGCUAGAAGCAUUCGACGCAGCGGACAAUGUCUUCGUCAUCAUCGCACACGACCCUUCUUUGCUGGACGAGGGGUUUCCCAUGUUUCCUGCUGUGGCGAAUGAUUGGGCGCGGCACAACUUUGCGGAAAAGGUUCGUUGGUGCUUUGUGAAGGAUUUUGAAGCUGCAUUGAAGGAAGUGCAGGAGAAUUGA